CAUGUAAUACAAUGUGAGUAUGCAUUUAUACCAGGGUUUCUAUGAGGAGGUGGCCAUCCCUCUGCUUUUAGAGGUUGACCUGCGUUAUCCUGUGAACUCAGUGGACUCCCUGACCACCAACCACUACAGCCAGUUGUUUAACGGCUCAGAGAUCGUGGUGGCCGGUCGGCUGAUGGACAACGACCUGGACAACUUCAUGGUGGAAGUGCUCGGCCAAGGGUUUGAGGAGGCCUACAAGGUGGAGGGCCUGGCCAGUGCUCUGGAUUGGGAUGUGAUGUACCCAAAUGAGCAGUACAUCUUUGGGGAUUUCACAGAGCGUCUGUGGGCUUACCUCACCAUCCAGCAGCUACUGGAGAAGAGGUCUGUUUUAGUAACUCAAACUGGGACCUGA